AAUCAAAUUUUUGAUGAUAUUCUAAUUAUAUGACCAGCACCUGAAACAGUUAAGACAGACCAUUGUGGGAUUACAGCUCCUGCACAUUACAUUAAUGAGGAGAAUGGUGUUGCUUAUCUAGAGAGUCAUGCAACAGGCAACUAUGUGAUGUUUUGAAACUGGAAUCCGCGAGAUGUUUAUACACAGCAGCACUCGUGCAAGCUCUAGAGUCUUAUCUGUAAACACGAGCUUGUGUAUUCAGACACGCGCAUCUCUCCAGACGAUAAAGACUAUUGCGGUUGCAAUCAGUGCGAAUGCUGCGUUCUUGAGUGUAUUAAAAUAUUUGAUUGUAAUAAGUGUUUUUAUUUUUAGAUACAGCUGUCAUUAUAUGGGUUUUGCAACUGCAUACUAUCGAGCAAAAUACGCUUAAAAAACUAAAUAGAUAUCUGACUUUAUAAUGUAAACAAUUUUUCCAGUCAUUGAAUAUUAUUGAUGUAUAUUUGUCACUAUACGGUAUCGCUGAAGCCCACACUGUAAAACGUUUUUACUCACUAUAAUUGAAAAAUUAAGUUUGAGGCCAAUGUCUUCAUUAAGUACAACGGUUAUUAUUAUUGUUGUUGUUGUUGUGGCCUUUAAUUGGAAAGUCGAGUUAAGUGAACGGAUAAUAUUUGUACAAGUGACUGACAUUGCUGUUACAAGUUAACUGGAUGUAAACAAAUAUAUUGCUAUGACAGCGAUUAAAAAAUACAAAGUGUGUAGUCUCAUUUUCUCCCACGUCCUAAAUAUUGUGUUUGUGAGGCUGAACUCCAGCGUAGUGUGUAAAUGAGGAUGCUGCGUGUCGUUCAGCAGGUGAAAGGAGCGUGGCGCGUGUCUCCACUGACCAGGGAACGGCGCGUAUCCCGCGCGAGCUCAAGCUUCCCCGGGGCUCCGGUCUCUGUGAGCUUUACCCAAUAAGAGCGGAGAGACGGCGGGCUGUCAACAUUCCUAUCGCCCCUCUCUCUCUCCCCCCGUCGCCCACCCCUUCGGUCUGCAGUUCGCACAGUUCAUCGCCCCGGUUUAUCUCGCGCAGUCUGCUAUCAGCGCUCGCAGACUCCAAUGGAAAAACGGAGAGGCGCGUGUUUCACAGCCCUGCCUAAACGCAAAACGUGGGGAGAAAAAGUGGAAAAGUUGGCACUCUUGCUGAUCAAAUUGCACCUCACCGAGACUUCAUCUGUUCUCAAGAGGAGGUGAAAAAAAGAAAAGAAAGCGCUCUCUGAACCUGCCGUCUGGCUUGGAUUAUUUCUGCUGCGGUUGCCAGAUCUCGGGGAAUACUUUUAUAUGGCACACGCUAAUAUCCGGGCAGAUACAUGAUAUCCGUCCGUGCAUCGUCCGCACGGAACUCUGUACAUCUGUCCAGCUAUCAGAAAUCCAAACUUCAGCAGGUCCCCGCAGACCUAAACGCUCUUUACACCCGUUUCCUACAGUACAGAUUCGUGUUUUCUUAUCACCGCUGGAGGACACGCUCAACUAUGUUUGGCUGCGGUAAAGUUCUUGGGUCGCCCCGGAUUCUCAACAGAUCUACCGCUGCUCCCGGAGGCUCAGGAUUAAGACAUAUAAUCAGAAACAGCUCAGGCUCAUCCUACGGUCCCCGUGCGUCCUCGCGGUUGUGUUGCGCGCUCCUCUUACUCCUGCUCAUCCUCACACCGCGCGUGGACUCGUCCUGGUGGUAUAUCGGAGCCCUUGGUGCCCGUGUGAUUUGCGACAAUAUUCCCGGGCUGGUGAAUAAACAGAGACAGUUGUGUCAGAAGUAUCCAGACAUCAUGCAGUCGAUUGGGGGUGGGGCUAAAGAGUGGAUUCGAGAGUGCCAGCAUCAAUUCCGCCAUCACCGCUGGAACUGCAGUGCCCUGGACAGAGACCAUACUGUUUUUGGGAGAGUCAUACAGCGCAGCAGUCGUGAGGCGGCAUUCGUAUAUGCGAUCUCCUCGGCGGGAGUGGUUUUCGCUAUUACCCGUGCCUGCAGUCAGGGGGAGCUAAAGACGUGCAACUGUGACCCCCACAAGCGUGGCCGGGCCAGCGACGAACGAGGAGAGUUUGACUGGGGUGGCUGCAGUGAUAACAUCAACUAUGGGAUAAAGUUCGCCAAAGCCUUCGUAGACGCAAAAGAGCGAACUGUGAAAGACGCACGAGCACUCAUGAACCUUCAUAACAACCGCUGUGGCAGAAUGGCUGUAAAGCGCUUUAUGAAGCUGGAGUGUAAAUGUCAUGGAGUCAGUGGGUCGUGCACUCUGAGAACCUGCUGGUUGGCAAUGUCGGAUUUCCGUAAAACGGGAGAUUACCUUCGUAAGAAAUACAAUGGAGCCAUCGAGGUCACCAUGAACCAAGAUGGGACAGGAUUCACAGUAGCCAAUAAAGACUUCAGGAAAGCCACAAAAAAUGACCUGGUAUACUUCGAAACCUCACCAGAUUACUGCCUCAUGGACAAAGCUGCAGGAUCAUUGGGUACUGCUGGUCGGGUCUGUAAUAAGACGUCCCGGGGGACCGACGGCUGCGAGGUCAUGUGUUGUGGGCGGGGCUACGACACCACACGCGUAAAACGCAUCACCAAGUGUGAGUGUAAGUUUAAGUGGUGUUGCGCUGUCGAGUGCAAAGACUGCGAGGAGGCUGUCGACAUUCACACCUGCAAAGCUCCUAAACGUGCCGAAUGGCUGGACCAGACCUGAGACACGCCCACUUCCUCCCGUUCCUCAGGAUUUUGUCCACGGCAUUCUGGGAUAUGAAGUCCAUCCCUUGCGAUUUUUACCCCUUCCCCAAUCCCUCUUCUCUGUUGCAUGGCUUUAUUUGAACUUAUUUUGUGAAAGCACUACAACUGAAAUCUACAUUUCUCAUGAGCGCCUUGCACACUUUGCCUGAUAUGGCAGAUGUAUCUCUCUUUCUUCUUCUCUCCUUUUUUUUUUUCGUUGCUGUUUUUGUUUUGAAUUGAUCGGAGGACGUAAAGGUUUAGGAUUCUAGAACAACCUGUGCUGUAACGUGUUGGUGUUUUUUUUUUGUUUCGUUUUGACGUGAGAAUUUUGUUCUAUGAGUGUUGUUUUGUGACAAAAGGUGUGCUGCUUUUAAAAUAAUAUUUUAAACUGACUCUGAGCCUAUCAGAUAUUAUCAUGGCUAAUAGCUGAAUAUGUACAUCACAUGUUAUUGAAAACACAGCCGUGUACUUAACAUACAUCACGUGCCCAUACUGGACAGUAUUUUACUCUGACUAUCGGUACCGAAUAUAAAGGAAUGAAUGAGGCUGGUCAGAGGGACUCAAGAGGACAAAAUGGAUGACAGCUAUGUGGGCUGCUCACUCCACAUGGGGCCCUAACAGAGAGUUUCUCUGGAAGCUACAGAGGCGUUUGGAAGGGUUAGAUGUAAUAAUAAUAAUAUAAAUGAGCAUGCACUAAGGACAUUAGCUAACAGUUGAGCGAAAAUGACAUGUUAUUGUAAAACUCAUCAUUGCCUGUGUAAACAAGAAGAAUGGUGUUAACAGCUGUGACUGGUAGAGGUGUAAGCUCUCAUUAGCUCCCCUGUGCUGUGGUACUUGUUAACUGUGUAAUUAUUUUUUCAGCAGAAGUUCAUAUAAAGACAUUAAGUAAGACAUAAA